AUGUCUCAACCGAAAGGUCAGGGCGGGCAAGAGGAGGCUGCCAGUAGCUCCCAGCGCGCUGUUCUGAAGACAAGAACGGCGUUUCAGAUCUACAGGAAUGAUGGCGCUGCAGGGAGCGCCGCCGCCUUCAGUACGCUUCCCAAUGACGAGGUGCUGCCGUACAGGAUAAAGGCCGACGAGAUGACACUCAUGGCUGCUUUGGACGUCGUCGAGGCUGACGCCAGGAACCAAAGGAUGUAUGGACCCGCCACACUGCACUUGGUAGUUAACUACUUGUCUGAUCUUCUCUCUUUCAUCCCUUUGGGAGGUCGCUCACACGUACUUCGGACAGUCACUAUAAACUAUAAUGCCCUUCAGCGUGUCGUGGAGCUGUACGGGGCCACAGAGGCUGUGAAGGGGACACUCGCGCAACUUGCCACAGCAUGUCUUAGCGCUUCUGAGGUACCCAUUCGCGAGAUUUCAUCCUUUAUGGAUCAUUUUAGCGUCGUUGAGAAGUCUCUUCGACAAGAAAUGCGAGAUGCAGGGGAGAAGGUAGGGAUGUUUUCAAAAUCCACUGCCCCUGCCUCCUCGUUGACGACCGUAGGCGAUACUACCAUCAAUGAUGUCAUCCCUUCCGUGUUCACACAGACAGCCUCGCGCAAGCGUCUGACACCCACGUGGGAGGAAACAUCAGCCGCGGGUGGAACAGAAGAAGCCAACACGGCAACCCCAGUUAAGUGGAUAAAAACAGAAGGAGGCAAGAAGGCGUCUGGUAGUGCCAAGAAUACGAGUACGCAGUUCACAUUACAGCGAAUGUUGUAUGGCCGCCUUCGAGCAUUAACAAGUCAAGAAAAGAAGGUGGUUACACUUCUUAAUCAACUGGUUCAGAUUCUCGGCCAGGUGUAUGCGGUGCGGUAUAAUAAUUUACUGCCCAUUUUUGAACUGCUGGAAAAUAAAGUAAAACAGGCGCAAGAAAUCGUUGAUGCGGAGCGUUCUGCCUUUCAGUCAAAAUACGAAAACACAGAUAAAUCACCUGAGCCGUUUUUGGAAGUGACCCUGGAUGGCAUUAUGCAGGCGAUUCAAAACGCUUCUCAUCUCUUUAAAACCGAUGAAGAGUGCCGCUAUGAAUUCGAUGAAGAUUUGCUUCACCCCAUUGCACAUGCCUGUAUGACGGAGGUUAACCGGAUUGAAGGAUUUACCACGGUGCCUUUUGAAGGACCAUCAGAAGAGGCACUUGAAGCCAAGGCCAAUGCACGCGAAGCUGCGCGGGCAAAGCGAGAGGAGCAACGCACGAAGGCUCUUGAGCGGGCCAAGGCGAAGGAAGAAUUAACAGCAAAGAAAGAAGAAGAGCGAAAGCUUAUACGUGCCCACCUAGGUGAAUUAGACUCAACAAGCCUCAUGGAGGACAUGACCAUCAAGAAUCCCGUUAAAAGUGCUUACGUUCGCUACAACAAAUUGCCGCUGGAACCACCCGAAGAGUAUGAACGGGCUCUCUUUAUUUGGGCUAUGCUUACAUCGCUGCCCAGACCAUUGCAUAUUUCGCAGAUGCCGUUUCAUUUGUUUCUGAAAGGUUUGUUGUCGGAUGAGGGGCGCGACAAUGGACUUAUGGAGGAAGUUGUGCUUGCACUUCUAGACGUGGCUAGGGAAAAUCUCCGUUCUUCCAAUGGUCCAAAAAUUUCGACACGAGGGAGGGACUGGUUCGGCAGCAUGGUUGAGUUUGUGGCGGUAUCCAGUGGUAACAAAAAGAGUCGUCCACCACCACGUCCAAAGGCUAUCUCGUACGAUGAUGAUGAUGAUGAGGAUGAAAGUGACGAGGCGGAAGAAGAAGAAGAAGACAGCCAGAAUAUGGAGGAAGAAGAGGAGGAAGAAGAGGAAGCUGCGGAUGCAGAUGAGGCGGAAGCCGUCAGCUCCAAUGAAGAGAAGGAUAGGGAAAAACAAAUGGAAAAUGGGGACGAGGCGGGACAGAGAGAGGAAAAGGAAGAAGAGUGUAGGAUAGAAAGCCUGGAUGGGAGGAUAAAAGUCACUCUGGAACACGUGACGGAGCUGCGGCAUAUGGCCGCCUGGGGUAACGUGGAUAUGGAGGAUCGUUUGAAUCUUUUACAGUACAUGGUGUUGGAGGCGCUUAGCUCCCCCGCAGCACAGGAAGAGGCGGAAAAGAUGAGAAAAAUGCAUGAGGAGAUGAAGUUAACGAUGGAAAAGCGAACGAAGGAAAUCCGAGAAGGAGCCCACAAGGAGAUUACUUCCCUCCUUAAACAAUUUUCUUCGUCUUCGAAGUCGGAGAAUGACAACUCGGAGACCUAUGAAGCAAGGCGGGAAAAACUGUUUGAAAAGAUGGAACAGAAGCUGCAAAAUGUUGUGAGUGAAUACUUGGGCAUGCAGGAUGGCAAAGACGUUGGGGCGCUCAUCUGCCCACUCGGUAUGGACCGCUACCGACGGAUGUAUUGGCGAUUUCCAUUUGAUCGUCAUAUUCUUGUUCAGUCCACUGCUGCCACAGAUACCAAUUUCCCCAUACUCCCUGAGCCACGUGAACGCUUGACUCAGCACAUUAAGGGUUUAAGGCCUAUGUUGCUGGAUGAUGCAGAUGAAAUCGAACACAAUUUCAAGAACGUCAAUGGUGAGGGUCACACGAACGACAGAGAUGACGUUCCACAGCGAGUAUGGGGUGUUGUGCCGCCCGAGUAUUUAGACCACUUCAUUGAGGGGCUUGACCGGCGGGGCAUAAGGGAGGCGGGGCUUCGACGCUCCCUCGAAUCAAUUCGACCGUAUUUGCUUAGUUUAAGUGAACCACCAGUGGGCCGUAUGACACGGACGCGUUCCCACACCUUUGGCUAUUUCAAUAAGUUGAAGCUUGAACUGUAA